AGCUCGGCGCCCCGCGCUUCCCGCCCGAGCCGGGGCUCGCCAGCGCCGCCUUGCAGGCGGACUGGAGGGACUUGGCCUGCUUCGCGUCCUUGAUGGCCGACUCUACCGUCGGGGGUGGGGCUUCGGCAAUCUGCUUGAUGCUACCGCGCUCGGGGGGUUGCGGGUUGGCUUUUCCAUCGCGAAGGCAGUUUGGGCACGCAGCUUUGGCUUACCUCCGCAGGUUGACAGCCUGGAGGGCUUUGAUCUGGCUCAUGGCUUGCAUCAUAGGCAGCUUGCGGCCGACUGUUAGGAGUCGGAGCAGCUCCUGAAGAUCUUGUUGCGUUGCCAUUGGUCUCACUGGCGCUAUGCGUCGUCUUGUGAGAUGUUCU